CUCCAAAUUAGUGUGAAGUGUGCAGUUUCCACACUGAGGAAAGAUGUCCAAAACUUUCCUUCAUGCUCAACUUUAGUUAAUUGCAAUUACUUUAUUUAUUUAUUAUAUGCCAACCAUCUUGCUGUUCAACUCUCAACUUCUCUGAAACUAUUUAUUGUUCUACCAUCUUAUGAAUGUUAAUGUAAUAGCACAUGCAUACAGUCCUUUUGAGUAUUUCAAUGUUUUUCAGAGUACACAGUUGGCCUUAGAACAUCUGGAAUCUGCUCCUGAGAAACUGAAUGUUUCUGAAGAUUGUGGAGAUUUGGGGAAUUCGCAGAAAGAAAUUAUCGAAAAAAGGUACAAUAAAUACAAGGGACUUGUGGGCUCAUUACAGCAGCAUCUGGAAGAUUUAAAAUACAAACUUGAAAGUUUUCAAGAUAAGAAGACCAAUACCGAUGUUUCUGCUACCCAGCAUACACCUUCCAACUGGCAAAGCAGCACUAGUUUUAUGACCAGCUCCUUGCUUUCUAAGUCUGAAUCAUUUACCAAAAGUAGCAUUCGUUCAGAUUUAAAUUCAGCUAAAAAAGAUACCAACAGCAGGGCCGUGAACAGGAUGAAGCUAUUGACAGAAAAGAAGAAGCUUUAAAGCAAGAAGAUGAUAGACAAAUUUAUUCCAGAAAAUUCAGCUCUGCAUCUUUAGUUUUUGGCAGUGGCCACAAUCAAGUGUAACUAUAUUUAUGAAAGCUUUUGGGGGAGCCCUGGUUCAAGAAUUGCCAAAUAUUAUCAUUCAAACUAUUAUUUAAAACAAGGCAGGUUAAAUCUGAAGAUGCACCAUACAGUAUAUUGUAAAAUGCCAGCUUGCCUGGUAUUUUCUUCGGUUUCCUUCUAUCAAUUCUUUGAAGUCUAUUCAGAAUGUAUUUAAUUGAGACAAAGAGAAAUAGUGUAUGUGUCUGCAUGUACACUUGCAUACAUGCAGACAUAGAAGUUGUGUACGCUUUAACUUCAAAGACUUAACAAUAUUUUGAUUGAAUAGUGUUCGUUCAGUGAAAUAUAAAUACAUUUUGUGAUAAUCAGGAAAUACUGAAUAAAAAUUACUUUGUCUAUGUAUACAAGUUCUAUAAUAUUAAGAAAUGUACAUAGUAUUUUACAACAAAAGGUGCCUCAAACAUAUUAUGCAAUGAUUACAUUAUCCUGAUUAAUAAUAGACAUAGUUUAUUUCUGAAACAAUGAACUGAAUUUCCUCCAUCUGAUCCAAGGUAACAGAAAAAUAUAGCCUAAUCCCAAAUUGGAGGAACUCUUUGUAAUAAUCUAUUUUUAUCAUUAAGCCCAAGAAUAAUUUUGUUUCUAAAAAAAUUAAAACAUCCUAAUAAUGUAAUGAAAUAUUUUUGGCUCUAUUUGUUAGAAGAAUUUAGAGUUACA